UGCACUCCUGAUGUUGGUGGCAAGACAGGAGGAGGUGGGUGAUUUCAUGGUAUGUUUAAUUGGAUGUCUUCUCAAUGGCUCACUUGUACCCUUUAUGUUGGUGGCAUGACAGCAGGUGAGUGAUUUCAUGGCAUGUUUGGCUGGAUGUCUGCUCAAUGACCUCACUUGCACUCUGGGUGUUGGUGGCAUGACAGAAGGUGAGUGGUUUCAUGGCACAUUUUUCUGGAUGUCUGCUCAAUGGCCUCACUUUACACUCUUGAUGUUGGUGGCAUGUCAGGAAGUGAGUGAUUUCAUGGCAUGUUUAUCUGGAUACCUCAAUGACCUCACUUGCACACUUGAUGUGGGUUGCAUGACAGCUUGUGAGUGAUUUUGUGGUAUGUUUAGCUGGAUGUCUGCUCAGUGAGAAACCUUGCACCGUUCAUGGUGAUGGUAUGGCAGAAUGUGUGAGGUGUGCAGCCUGACAGCAGCUAU